UUGAGUCUUAUAAGCGGAUAACCUUUCAAGCAAUAGUUGUGUGUUAUGUUUGCAUUGUUUAUAUAUAAUACACAAAUCUAGUUUUACUUGUUAAUAGAGUGCAAGAAAUAAAAGUACAUUUCCAAAUAAUCAAUUCAAAGUUUGAGUUGAGUUGAGUUUGUCAUUUAGUUUGUUUUCUGUACUCAAUUUUGUCAGUUUCCCUCAAGUGUGUUUUGCGAUUUUUAUAAUAGAUAAAAUAUUGCGGUGAAUCGACUUGAUUAAAAAUAAACAUUCUUGCGGUCCAACUGAAGCUAACAUCGAUAAAUUGAUGGAAAUGAUCACUAAAUAUCAUGAUUUAAUUUAAAAGAGGUUGUUUCAGAUCUUUCUGCGUUUCACGAAUCAAUUUGCACGAUUUUACACAAUUGUUUGGGCAUGAAACACUCGCAAUUGCACUAGUUUCGAAACACCUUGAAAUUUCUCAAAAAUUCAAUGGCGUAACGGUCGCUGAAAAUAUGCUGAGAAUGAAUCAAUUCCGUUCCCACAUUAAAAACGCAUUAUAACUGGUGAUGAAACAUACGCUUACGAGUUUCAUAUGAUAUAUAACAGAUUUCAGAAUGGCAUCUUCCAACUUAGUCGCGAAAUGGAAAGUUCCCGGCAAGAAUUGAAGUCGAUUCUGGCAAAUCUCUUUCAAAAAUGUUCAGAUGAUUGGAUUACUCGCUGGCAUAUGCCUAUUAUUCCGAAACGUACCUGCUUUGAAGGAUGUAUAAUGCUCAUAAUCUUACAGCUUUUCGAAGCUGGUCUUCUGGUGCUGGACCUGCUCAACACCCCUAGAGGCUGCAGAACCUCCGAGUUUGAAGGUGGAACUACGACCCAGACUACAUCUCAGAUUUGCUGAAAUGAGAUUCAGCCCCCUCCAGGACUUCCCGAAAAGCAUGCACUCCUCCCACAGUUCUGUACAAUGUUGUUUUUGGGGUGAUUCACUCAUCAACGUAGAAAAGUGUUGGUCAGUGUUGCCGGAAGUGUAAAAACUAUGGUACUAAAAAAUGCGACAAAAAGUUACUAAAUACUACUUUUA